GGAGCUCCGCGGGCAGCCGGCCGGGAGAGCGCUUCGCCGCGGCGCCGGGACUGCAGGGGCCCGGCCGGGGAGCGGCGCGCCGCUGAGCUCCGGGGACAAAGCGGGGGGAAGAAGCCCGGGCGGAGGGCUCCGUGCCGGGGCCGGAGCGCGUCUGCCUUGGCGCAGGGGAGGGCUGGCGCGGCGGCCCGCCACCACGCGCGCCAUGCGCCCGGCGCUGCUGCUGCUGCUGCUGCUCGGCGUGCUGUGCCGCAGGGGGCAUGCUGAUGACACCACUGCUUUGGUCACCACCAUCAAAGAGUCUACUAGUCUGGGAACGACUUCAGCAACCCAAAGUUCUGGAGCUACAGUGGUCACCACGCCUACCGCUGCCGCGCCAGGAACACCGACAACGACAAGUACAACUCUUUCCUCCCAGACUACCGCAAGCAGCAGUCAAACCACUGGGCCCAGAGAAACAACCACGCCGAAGGAAAGCAGCACCGGUUCCGCCAGCACACCAGCGGGAUCGUCUUUAGGAGCCACCACGGUGAAGCCCGCUUCAUCAGUUAGGACUUCGACCUCAGAUGUGGCCGCUGCAACCACUCCCGGCCCUGUUUCUCCGCCCACAUCGGGUGUAACUGCCACACAGCCACCGCCAGCGUUGAGUCCCAGUUCAGCUGCUGUCGGCACAACAGGGACGACAUCGUCAGUUAGCACGUCACCUAAGUCAGUGGCAAGUACUUCUCUGGCCCAGAAGCCAACUAACGUCGCUGCAGCAACAAGCCCAGCUGUCACCCCGUCUCAAGGACAUGCUGGAGUGACUCAGGGAAGCACCGCUGUAAGCCAGGGCUAUGUUACCACCGCGAACGGGCAGUCUGCCGGUAGUCCUGGGGGAUCUGUGGCUCCAGCCGCAGGGCAACCAACACCAUCCAAGGAAACACAGGCGACCACAAGCACAAAACCUGAAGGAACACCUGGAACGACAGUCCACCCGUCGUCCCAUGCAGGUUCACAAGCCACACCCUCGAGCCCAGGGGUCUCGGUCUCAACGACUAUCAAGGGCCCCCCAGCUCAGCACAAUCCACCUGCUGACAAAGGCAAUCACACCUGGUUUCUGUCCCAGAUCCAGAUCAUGUGUGAGUCAGCGAUACCCUCAGAAAAUCAGGCCAUCGUUCUGACCCUCAACGAGUCCACCUCGUGUGACCAUCUGACGAAGAGCUCUGUGGCAGACCCGCUGCUUAACACGCUCUGCAAAACCAUAAAACCCAACUUCAACCAAAGCCAAGACCAGUGUGUGGUGAGGCUAGCCCCCGUCGCAGACAAUCCCAAAGGCCUGGCUAUCGUUGGCAUAUCUGUACAAAUACAUGCGGUGGCCGAUGAAUUGUAUGAAUCUCUGAAAAUAAAGCAAGCAGAAUUGGCGAAGUUGGGAGUGAAGAAUAUCACCUACGAUGGCCAGAUUGCAACCCUCGAGAGCGAGGACCGGUUCAGCAUGCCUUUGAUCAUCACCAUUGUCUGCAUGGCAGCGUCUCUCCUCCUCGUGGCUGCCAUUUACGGCUGUUGCCACCAGCGCAUUUCUCAAAGGAAGGAUCAGCAGCGGCUGACAGAAGAGCUUCAAACCAUGGAGAACGGCUACCACGACAACCCCACCCUAGAAGUGAUGGAGACAUCCUCCGAGAUGCAGGAAAAAAAAGUCAACCUGAACGGGGAGCUGGGAGACAGCUGGAUCGUCCCCAUGGACAAUCUAACAAAAGAGGAUUUGGACGAGGAAGAGGACACACAUUUAUAAUUACAAAAAGAGAACGCGAGGAUGAACUUCCGACUAAGCGAAAAAACCUGGAGAACUGAAAUUGCAGCCGCAAGUGCCGACAUAGCGAGGGGGAGCUUUGUUUCUGCAGGAGAGGGUCUCUUGUUGGGCAUCUGCGGUGGCCCAAACCUGGCGGGGUUUUUUAUUUUUAAACAGAGAACUCCCAACUGGCUUUCUACGCAAAAUUGUAUGUGCAUAUCUCUGUAUGUGUUUUUUCCCCAAGACAGUGCCUCUAUUUAAGAAUUAAGGCAGACAAGAAGAUGUCAGCGUCGGGCAAACUGUAUGCCAAACAGGUAAAGGUAGCUUUUCAAGAUGCUAAGAGCCCAUAAGGGUAGGUCUAAGUGUAGUGGGCACACACCACCCCAGAAAUCGUCUUGCGGUGUUCCCGAUGAAUGGAAAGGGGGGGCAAGGGGUCCCCCAAUGGAAACCAAGUUUCUAGUCCUGCUAGGUCAUGUAGAACGAGCUGGCAGUACCAGGUGAACUCUCCAAAGGGGAGAAUGCAAAGAACUGUUGCUAUUUAACAGGAUAUGGACUUCCCCUUUGGCAAAAGGAGGGCCAGGUUGACUCCAGAUUGUCUUCGAAACCCCGGAUACGGCUGUGGGUUUUAACUUUAAUACUUAUUUUCCCCUCUCCUCCCCAACCCCAAAUCUGGACUCCCCCUUCCGCUUGAUUCCCUCGUGUUUCCCCUUCCCCACCAAAACACUGGAACGAGAACCCCAAAGGGGGCCUACAAAGAGGAGGGGGAAAUGAUUCUGUCCGCUAACGGCAAGAAGAAGUUUGGGGAUUUUUGCAGCCACUAACUGAUGCUUAGCUGCUCCUGUGUGUCCACCUGGAAAUAUUUCUAUACCAGUCGUGUGCGUUUGUGUCCUUUGCCCUGUUGAUCAGAUGCGGGCAGUGGCAAAAAUUCUUUGAUGAUUUAAGAUGGGCUAUUCCAAAAGGCUCCGGCAAAUGGGGGCCUCGUCAGAUUUCAGUGGAGGGGCAUGUCCAACAAGCAUGGAAGCUUCCUCUUGAAUAGAUUUGCGGUAAAAUGGGGAAAGCUACUUGAAUAGCCCACUUUAGCCCAGGCCUAUCAAAGCCUGGAAGCUAAACAGAGUUGAUCAAGGUCGAUAUAGAGAGGGAAGGCAGCAGUCAACCACCUUGUGGUUCCUGGUUCUCUUGCCAGGAACGCCCGGUGGAUGGGGUCACCAGGAGUCUGUUGCAACUUGACAGCCCAUUAAUCUUCAAAAUGAAAAAAGGUGAUAGAAUGUUUUAAGAGCAUUUACUGUGGUUACUUUUAAACACUUAUCUCUAGCAAGGUCAUCGUUCAGUACCGGUUAAAGCUCCCACUCUAUCUUUUUUUAAAAAAAAAGGAUUUGUGCCUUUGAGAUGCAUAGGUUGUACAUAUGUUCACUUAGGUGUUUAUUACAGUCGUCCAUGUGUAGAAAUGUAGGUGCCUAAAAGGAAAACGAGUCUGCAGUCUGGUGGGAGGUUGGCUCUUAUUCCCCUCCCUGCCCCCCGCCAUGAUGCCCAUCACCAGCAACUAUAUAUGCAGAAUUUUUUUAAAAAAAAUACUUUAUAGAAAGCUGUCUGAUAGAGCUGCACAAAUGUGUUUAUGCAGAAUGUUUUUAGGUGUUUGCCACAGCGGUUGGGGCUGUCCCACAAGAAGCAGUAGCGGGGAAACAGCGGCUCCCACUGCUGUUUUUAACCCAGAGAGGCUUUUCCCAAUUCGCUCAUUCCAAAAUACAUGCACCGGCAGCUCUUUACACCCCAGUGAAAAUAGAGCUGGAAAACUGCAGGGCUUUAUCCUGCAUUUGAAACGGACUUAUUCUGAAGACGGGGUGGGGUUGGUGGCUCAAAGAAGCCACAGUCUGAGGACAGUCCAGAUUUUGCACUGAAGGAUCUCAUUGAAAAAAUCCAACCCAGCACGGCUUUGAAAAAUGCAAAUAUUACAGUUCUGGUAUGGCACUCUUUUUCGUGUCUUUUGCUUCUAUGCAUGAAGGGAAUUACGAAGUGAAGGAAUGUUCCGUUCAAAGUAGUAAAGAGUCCAGUAGCACCUUUAAGACUAACCAGCUUUAUUGUAGCAUAAGCUUUCGAGAACCACGGCUCUCUUUGUCAGAUGCAUCAACUGCGGUUCUCGAAAGCUUAUGUUACAAUGAAGCUGGUUAAGUCUUAAAGGUGCUACUGGACUCUUUUCUAUUUUGCGACUACAGACUAACACGGCUAACUCCUCUGGAUCUUAGUUGAAAGGGCAGCUUUAACACAGCUCAGGAAGUGGAACGUCACUCCAACCGAGAAACAGGGAAAGGACCCAAGAGCAAGUUGGUACAGGCGGAUGGGUGGAAGCAGGCGCUUUUCUUAACAGCCUGAAGUGUCUCAUCUGCUCCAGUCAAAGGCCUCAAGACUCGCUGUAUCACAGCACUUUCCAGGAGCCAAACAGGAGCAAAACUGUUGAAUUUGUUACAUAGGGAAGGAGAUGCUUCUUUUAACAGUAGGCAAAGCCUUAUGGUGCAGACGCACAAACAGAAAGUCUGAAGUGUUGAGAAUAUACUGCUGUGUUCGUUCAACAUAUUAUAUGCAAUAUUUUGAUGCUUUCCAGCAUAUAUAUGUGUGUUUGUGUGUGUAUACACACAUAUACUUAGGUGUGUGUAUACACACAACACACACACACACAAAUAUCAAGAGCACCACACUUUCCCUGCCAAGAAAAAUAAUCGGAGAGGAAAUAACUGAUAAGAGCGUUCAGCCCAGCCCUAUACAGAAGAGAGAUUAAGGAUGUGAUAAAUGUCACAUAGUCCCUCCAGUAAAAGACACUUUUCUUUGCCCCAACUGGAGCCAUUGAGAAAAGGAUGGGUGGAUUCUUGGAAAUUUCCUUUUUUAAAAAAAAGAUUCAUGAGAACAAUUCCUACAGUGAAAAUAGAGAUUUAGGGUAGAUACUUGGAAGUCUCCACCCUCCCCCUAAAAGAAACCAGUUUAACCAUUCAUUGCAAAAAGGAAUUCUCAACAGGGGCAAAAGACAGAAGGUCUUGAUGUGGCAAACGGGGCUUCUCUUGGCCUUUAGGGUUGAGAGAGAGAGGGAAGAGCUCUUGACUAGCUUGAAGAUUUCAUGGCACUUUGUGUCUGUGUCCUCUGUCAUUAACCCAGUUGGCCUAGCACUAUGUUGGUCUCUCCUUUACCUUCUUAAGUCUUACCCAAAGUUGACCGGGCUCCUCUUGCCAUCCAUAAAUGUGCUCUAGCCGGGGCUAUGCAAAGCUAAACCAUGUUGAUUUCCACAACAAAGUUAGCAAUAAGCAACAGAUAAUCCUCAUCUUGGCAUCUGCCGUUGAAAAGAGCGGGUCGCAAGGGAUAAGACAGACCUCUGCCCGAGAACCAGAAGAACAGCUGCCAGUCAGAGGUGGCAAUUGUGACAGAUAGAGCAAUGGUAUGACUCAGUGGAUGGCUGCUUUGUGGGUCCCGAUCAGGAAAGAGGCUUCCAUCCUUGCCUGCGUUCACUGCAGUGGGGAGAUGGUCCAAAAUUUCAAACCAGCCUUGCAAAUAUCUCCCAAGCUUUUUUAAAGCUCCCCCUGCCAAUUCAACUAUGCAUGUCUCAAUCAGUUCAUUUGUGGCACUUAGAUCAAUCCUGACAGGGAAUGAGCCAGUUCUCUUUCCACUUUCGAAAUCGGCCUAGAGAGGUAGCUGGAAAGAUUUUCUUGCUUGUUCCCAGCAACCAGGUGAGUAUUUUGCACAGCUGGAGUAGCCAGUCCAAUCCACCUGCUCUCGAUCGAUUGCUCUGCCUGCUUGUGUGUGGCAGGGGGAGAUAAUGCAUUAAGCAAAGGAACAAGGAACACAGCUGGGGGAAGUAGGCGGUUUUGGUAAACUAUGCAGCAACAGAAUACGACCUGCAGAGGUAGCAGUGAAGCCCAGCCCCGUGUCUUGCCAAAGUUUUCUGUUUGCCCCUAUGCAAAAUUUAGCAGCCUACAAAUAGACUUAAAAGUCUGGUUAAGAUACUGAAUAAUAUCUAUUCCUCCCCCUCUCUCUGUCACACACAGUUUAUUCAUUUCAUUAGCAUUCUAUAAGUUAGUUUAAUCGCCACUCCAAUCAUGCGUCCCAGGGACUAGAGACUUGGGAGCAUGGCCCACUCAUUCAAUUGUACCAGAUCCCGCUUCCUUCGGUUGUUGUUGCAAAUUAUUGCAAAUUAUAGGGUACAAUGGGAUUCAGGAUUUGCAUUACAGGUGAGGCUGUAUUUGCUGAGGGUGUGACUUGGCCAGGGAACCCAGAGAUUGAGGGGGGUCGCAGCAGAGAUUUGAAUCUUGUCUCCUAUAUUCGCACAAAAUAAAUACAUCUAAACCCACCGUGCUUCCUGCCUAAACUGCAUCUUCAAAGCAACCACCACCACCACCAAUAAUCUGAAUUGACCACAGAGCCAAUCUAUCCCCUUUCGACUGUAAUGAAUUUGACUGCUAUUCCGAGCACUUGUACAGCUUUCGCAGCACACAGUGUGCCCCGACGGGGUUCUGUGUGCUGAAGCAGGAGUCUGAUAUACACUGGAAUUUUUAACAAGGAACUGGAUUGUAAAGAUUAUUGUUGCAUUUUCCUACAAAGUAUAUUUUGAAGACACCACUUAUUUCUGUCAAUAAAAAAAAGUUCUUUUGUGAA